AUGCCGCUCCUCACAUUGAACAACAUAUUUCUGGACAUUACCUAUCCCGAGCAACCAAUUGACAGCAUUAGCCAUGGAAACCACUGCAAGAAUGGGUUUGGUGCAAUUCGACAGAAAAGAGAUCUCCUAGCAGCUCAGGUAGGUUAUGCGUCAGGCAGAAAAAGACAGAGACAUACUCCAUUCGGCAACUGGGACUUUGCGGCUCCUAGAACAAUGAUGUCUUUGUGGACGAGAAUGGAAGUGCUUGAAGCCACAUCUCCAAAAUCAGAUUUUCAUGAAUCCUUUGUUGCAGCUGAGAGCCGAUCUGAAGGUUCUUGCACUGGAGGAUGCCUUAAUGGAGCCAUUUGUUCCCGGAAAGGUACAUGUGACUGCCGGACAUUUCAGGCCCUGGGAAAAAGGUGCCAAAUUGUCCCCAACAUAGGGAAGAACAGAGAUGGAAUUUGCAAAACCUGGGGCCAGUACCACUUUGAAACAUUUGAUGGUAUAUACUACUACUUCCCAGGAAACUGUUCCUACAUUUUUGCAAAGGACUGCGGCCAUUUGGAACCUCAAUACACUGUGUGGGUUCACAACAAUCCCAACUGCCAAGUGUCAGGGUAUUCUUGUCAUCGGUCUGUCAGCCUGUUCUUUUCAAGUCAAGAAGAAAUAACCAUUUCUGGUCAUGAAGUAAGAAAGAGAGGAAUCAGGUUAAUGUUACCUCAAACAAUUGGAUAUGUUUUUAUCGAGAGAUUAGCCAACUACAUUUUGGUGAAAACUACCUUUGGUUUUUCAUUAGCAUGGGAUGGAAUCUCUGGCCUUUACAUCAAACUGACUGGAGAGCAUAAAGGGAAACCUUGUGGACUGUGUGGAAAUUACAAUGGUGAUCAGAGUGAUGAUUUGGUAAAGCAGAAUUAUGAAUAUACCGAAGACAUUGCUGUUUUUAUGAACAGCUGGACUGUACAAAUCCCAGAUGAUAACACAUGCAUUGCCACUGGCUCGGAUUUUCCCAGCCCAUGCCUGACUAAAGAAGCGACAUUUGAGGGCAUCUUCUUCAAGUGUCAGAUACUCCUGCAAUUUCCUUUCCUCAGUUGUCAUGAGAACAUAGACCCUUACUCAUACAUUGCUAGUUGUAUCAAUGACCUGUGCAAGAGUGAUGAUGAAGACAGUUACUGCCGAGCAGUGACAGAAUAUGCCAGGGCCUGCUCUCAUGCUGGCUAUCCUGUUCGAGAUUGGAGGGAUGACUUUCCAGCAUGCACUGAGAAGUGUGACGAUAGUUUUGUUCACCGAGAUUGUAUCAGUUGUUGCCCACCAACGUGCACAUUUGAAAAGGAAUGUCUUGGAAGCAAUCUCCACUGCCUAGAUGGGUGUUACUGUCCGGAUGGCCUCAUAAUGGACAAUGGAACCUGUGUCUCCUUGGAAAAGUGUCCCUGCAGUUACCACGGGUCUUCUUAUGCAGUCGGAUCAAGAAUUGAGCAGGAAUGCAGUGAGUGUGUUUGCGUUGGAGGCGUUUGGAACUGUACUGAGCAAGAAUGUCCAGUUGAGUGUUCAGUUGUUGGUGAUUCUCAUUUCACAACUUUUGAUGGUCGUCAUUAUACCUUCGUUGGUGUUUGCCAGUACAUUCUUGUAAAAGGCACUGGGAAUGAUAAAUUCACCGUCACUCUCCAGAAAGCUCCCUGUGGUCAGAACCUUGACCUUGCCUGCCUCCAAUCUGUCACGUUAGUUCUUGGAGAUGAUUUGAAUAAACAAGUGACUCUCAGUAGAGGAGGUGAAGUUUUCACUGGCCCGAACCAUGGAAUCAAGCUAAAUGGGGAGGUUGAAAUUCGGAACCUGUCCUCUCUGUUUAUUCUUCUGAAAACGAGAUUUGGUUUAAAGAUUCUGUUUGCUAAAGAUGGGCAAAGACUUUAUAUUCAAGUUAAUAGUGUUUGGAAGAGAAGAACUCUGGGUCUAUGUGGAACUUUCAACGGCAACUUAAGAGAUGAUUUUCUCUCUCCAGCAGGUAUGAUUGAAGGAACCCCACAGCUUCAUGCAAAUGCAUGGAAAGUUUCUUCCACAUGUUUUGCACCUGUCAAUGUGCCAGUGGUGGACCCAUGCAAUGUUAACCAACAAAACAUUGGCUACGCAGCACAGUGUGAUAUCCUGAACCGUGAACUUUUCGCUCCAUGCCACGCCUUCAUCAGUCCGGGAUUAUACUAUCAUCUAUGCCGAUUUGAUGCUUGCAAGUGUGGAAGUGGCUGUUUAUGUAAUGCACUUGCCCACUACGCCUACAUCUGUGGGAAGCAUGGCAUUGUUAUUGAUUUCAGAUCCCACAUGUCUUCCUGUGCUGUCAUAUGUCAGAGAGGAAUGCUAUACCACCGCUGUUCAUCUUUUUGCCGACACUCCUGUACAUCUCUUUCUACUGGGCGAACCUGUGAUGAUGAAUGUGCUGAGGGCUGUAAUUGUCCAGAAGGCAAAUACUUUGAAGAAUCGAUCAACUUCUGCGUGCCAGUAUUCAGCUGCCGUUGUCAUCACAGAGGCAGUGUUUACCAACCAGGGGAACUCAUACCCACACCAUCAGGUUUAUGCCAGUGCUCAAAUGGAACUGUGAAAUGUGCUGAAUCAUCUCCAACGUCUGUGGUGCUUACAUGCCCGGAAGGAAAAAGCUUCUUUGACUGCAAAUUUCCUGUUCCUGGAUUACCUGCCGCUGGGGUGAACUGUGAGACCACCUGUGCAAACCUGGCCAUGAACUUCACCUGUGCCCCUUCACUUCCCUGUUCAAGCGGCUGUAUUUGCCCCCCUGGAAUGGCUGAACACAGAGGAAAAUGCUAUGUUCCCGAUAGCUGUCCAUGCACCUGGAAAGACUGGGAAUAUCUAUCAGGAGAAGUGAUCGCUACACCUUGUUAUACCUGUAUUUGUCGGCGAGGAAUAUUCAAUUGCACAUACCAUCCCUGCCCUGCAGUGUGCACAGUGUAUGGGGAUCGGCACUAUUCUUCUUUCGAUGGACUGGAAUUUGACUACAUCAGUGAUUGUCAAGUUUUUCUGUCAAAGAGUGCCGAUGAUUCAAACAUGUCUAUUAUCGCUCAGAAUAAGAAGUGUUUUGAUAAUGACAUUGUUUGUUCAAAAAGCGUUCUGAUCUCCAUUGGGAACACUGAGAUUUUCUUGAAUGAUACUCCUUACAAGCAGAAACAAUCAGUGGUUUUGGAAAAUAAACCAACAUAUCAGCUCUGGAAGGCUGGAUAUUAUGCAGUGGUGCACUUUCCAGAGGAAGAUAUCACAGUUCUCUGGGAUAAGAAAACAACCAUACAUAUCAAAGUUGGACCUCACUGGAAGGGGAGACUGGCAGGAUUAUGUGGAAAUUUUGAUAAAUACACUUCAAAUGAUAUGACCACAUCUAAUAACCUGGAAGUCAGAAGUGCACAGGUGUUUGGAGAGAGUUGGACAAUUGGACAGUGUGAAAACCCUAAUGAGACAGUAAAACCCUGUGAAGUUCAUCAAAGCAAGUUUCCUUAUGCCAAAAAAGAGUGCUCAAUCCUGUACAGUGAUGUUUUUGCACCCUGUCGCAAUGUGAUUGAUGUGACACCAUUUGUCAAAAAUUGCCACACGGACACCUGCAAUUGUAAUCUUGGCGGAGACUGUGAAUGUUUGUGUACAAGUAUCGCUGCCUAUGCGUACAAAUGCUGUCAGCAAGGCGUAUCGGUUCACUGGAGGUCACCGACUCUUUGUGCAUUGGACUGUGAAUAUUUCAAUCAAGGACUGGGAGAAGGACCAUAUAUUUUGGCUAAUUAUGGUCACAGUGAUACUGUUCUGGGAGUUGAUGUUAUCAGUAGAAAAAUCCUUCCUUUACCAAGAAGUCAUACACAUGACAAUGCUUUUUUCUAUUUCAUGAUAACGCCAGGUCUUUUCAGAGAAAAAGAUUCAUCACUGACACUUGUCUCUCUGGAAUCAGCUGAAAGGCCAAACUACUUUCUCUAUGUCCACGGUGACGAAUCUAUUACCUUGGAACAAUGGGAAGCAAAUACAGCCUUUCAGCAGACAGCUACAUUUUUCCACCACCAGGGUCUCUGGAUUCCAGGUUCUAGUGCCUUUGAAUUACACAGCAAGAAAGGUUUUUUUAUUACCUUUAUUGACUCCAGUGUCAAAGUGUCCAAAUAUGAUAAUUCUGAAGAGUUUAAGCAGUCCAGUAGUUUCAGUAUAGAAGAAAUUCAGGCAGCCAUCCCAUAUAGAAGGAUGUGUGAAUGGAGAUAUGAGCCUUGUGCUACCCCGUGCAUUAGGACAUGUAGUGAUCCUGAAGCACUGUCUUGUAAAUUUCUUCCACCGGUUGAGGGAUGCUUGCCAUACUGUUCAAAAAACAUGAUUCUUGAUGAAGUCACCCUUAAAUGUGUUUAUCCUGGAGACUGUGUAUUGGCAUCAGAUUCAGAAUCAACACAGAAAAUGCAGCCAACAGCAAUGACACCUCAUAUGAUGGAUGCCGUAGAUACAUUUGUUCCAGGAAAAACAUCUGUGCCUAUUGAUGCCCAGACAACCUUCACAGCAACAAUGACAGAAGACUCAGUGAGACCUCAUGCUGAACUCGAAACUGUGUCAACAGGGCAAACCAUGGAUGGUCUUCUUUCUAGAGAACCUUUCACAUUUCCAUCCCCAUUAUUUACCAAGCUACUAUUGACUCCAAGGCCAGUUUCACACCAAAUCCCUGACAUUGUGCUCAAACCUUCAAGUUCCUCAGGGGUAUCUCCAGAGGGAACCACAGUGCCUGAUUUUGCAGAAACCUCCAAAUUAACAUCUCCUUCUUCAGGAGUCUUCCAGACUCAGAGAAGUCAGACUACGCAUUUACAAAACAACAUCACCAAGUCCAAAUCUGAAACAACUGAGAGAUCUUCAGUAACAGAGUUGACAUCUUCAGAUCAGACAGUGGGCAGUACUAGAAAACCCAUUUCUCAUGCUGAGGUGACCAACGUGACACUGUCAUAUUCUGGGAUCCCGCAAACUUUUGCUCCAGAAUUGGACGUCAUGGGACUGAUAACUACCCUGCCUUCUGGAACACAAAUUCCACCAGAUGGCCCGGAAAUGUUGAUUACAGCCUCAGCAGACCACAUUUCCCCUGGCACAGUGAUCCAUACACUGAUCCCACCUGUCUCUUCAGGAUGCUUGCCAGAGUAUAUUGAACCUGUGGAUAGAUGCAACCUAUAUGUAUGCAUUAAUAUGGGGUGGAAGUUAUACAAUAUGUCAGAGAAUUGCUACAAGGAUGUGAAAAUUCCUGACUGUGGAUUUCGGGGGAUGCCAAUUCAGGUGAACAUUGAUGACUGCUGCCCUGAAUGGGAAUGUCCUUGUCAAUGUUCCAUGUUACCUGAGCUGAGCAUUAUCACCUUUGCUGGCGAUACCAUGGCACUCUAUAAUCUCGCUUCCUACAUUCUAGUCAAGCUUCCUGGGGAAAUUAUCAUUGCUCAUAUUGAAAAAUGCCCCAUUUACCAGGUCUCAUUCAGCACUACAUUAGGACUUUGUAUGAACAAGUUAAAUAUAACAACCCAAAUGCAUAAAGUACUGGUCAGCCGUUUAGUGAGAAAGGUAGAAGUGGAUUCUGCCAUUCAGUCUUUACCUUUCUCAAAACAUGGCCUAUGGAUUCAGGAUACUGGAGCCAUGUAUGUCAUUGGCACUCCAUCAGGACUUAUCAUUAAGUGGGCUCAUGUUACAGGAAUUCUAGACAUUCAGUAUGGCUUGCAGUUUAAUAUUUCUACCAAGACAGAAGGACUUUGUGGUUUCUGUAAUGGCUCUCCAAAAGAUGAUCUGAAAAUGCCAAACAGGACAACGAUUGCAAGUGUGGAAGAAAUGGAAGCAUUUAUUCAGACCUGGGAAAUGGAAAAAUCAUAUGAUGUAGUCCCCAGAAGACAGGGGGCAAACUGCACUGAAGGAGAUUGUGCUCCCUGUAUAGAGUUGUUAAAUAAAAGGAUUUUCACUCCAUGCCACACUAAAGUUUCCCCUGAAGAUUUUUGUGAGAAAAUGUGGCUGAACAGUACCUACUUCUGGAACUACGAAUGUGACACAUUAUCUGCAUAUGUAGCUUUGUGUCACAAACAUAAUAUCUGCAUUCAGUGGAGAACACCAGACUACUGUUCCUUGACUUGCCCAGAAGGGAAGGAAUAUCAGCCUUGUGUGCAGCCCUCUGUAGCCAAAACAUGCCUGAAUUGGUGGUACUACGAGACGGUACCCUACUCAUACUUAAGAGAAGACUGUGUGUGCAAAAUCGGAACUGUUCUUCACAGGACACACUCAGACCAUUGCAUUCCAGAGGGAAAAUGUGCAUGUACUGAUCACGAAGGCCAACCACACUCUGCUGGUGAAGUUUGGAAUGGAGCCUGUACUGGAUGCUGCAUGAAUAAGUGUUUGGAGAAUGGAAGCAUUAUUCACAUUGAACCUGAGUGCAGUGAUGAGCCACAUCCUGCUUGUGAACAAGAGGGUGAAGUCAUCAUCAGAAUAAUUGAAAAGACAUCAUGCUGCCUGAAGACAGUGUGCAAUUGUAACAUGACUUUGUGUGAAUCUGUUCCUCCAACAUGUAAGAAGAGUGAAAAACUUGUUUCAGGUUAUAAUCCCCUUUCAUGUUGUCCACAGUAUCGAUGUGAAUGUGACCCUUUAGCAUGCCUCAGUGCUUUACAGCCAGAGUGCAGAGAUGAUCAGUUCAUUGUUGAAAUUAAGCAAGAGGACACAUGCUGUUUCUCCAAUGUCUGUGUUUGUGACCCCUGCACGGACCCUAUUCCACAAUGCAUGGAGGGAGAAAUUCUCACUGUGGAUCUGAAGAGCACACGCUACUGUUGUCCUAAAUACUACUGUGUUUGUGAGGAAAACCGCUGCUCCAUACCCGUGAACUGCACAGCUGAUAUGAAACUUGUGAAAGAAGAAAUUUCUGGGCAAUGCUGCCCAGCAUGGCACUGUGAAUGUAGCUGUGGCAACCUAAUCAUACCAACAUGUAAAGUGGGUGAAGUUCAGAAAAUAGACCCUAACUUUCAAAGUGCUUGUGGAUGCAUCCAGUAUUCUUGUGAAAAGGAUAAUGUAUGUUUAUUCCAAGAAGUAACAGUUUUGAAUCCUCGUCAGUCACUGAUUCAGUAUUUGGAUGGGGAACUUUGUCAAACAAUACACUGUUUAGAAGAAAAAGAUUACAAAACAGGCUAUCAUACUCUGGAUUUUACAGUAGAAAACUGCUCAAAACAAUGUGAAGCUUAUCAGAUAUACAAUCCUCCUUCUAGUCAUGAUAUAUGCUGUGGAAGCUGUAAAAAUGUGUCAUGUGGUUUCUACACGGAAAAUGGAACAAAAGCUGUAUAUGAGGCAGGAACUACGUGGACAUCUAACUGCACUAAAUACGAGUGUGCCAAGACCUCCGUGGGGGCUGUUCUUUUGAGUUCUGAAGUUAUCUGUCCCAAUUUUAAUGAGACUGAAUGUAUAAAGAAUGGUGGACUUGUACACACUUAUAAUGAAGGUUGCUGUAAGACUUGCAAAAGGGAAGAAAAGGUAUGCCAAAAAGUUACAGUAAGAACAACUAUCAGAAAGCAGGACUGUAUAAGUCAAAGCCCCAUAAACGUGGCUUCUUGUGAUGGGAAAUGCCCAUCUGCUACAAUUUAUAACAUCAAUAUUGAUAGCCAUUUAAGAUUCUGUAAAUGUUGUCGUGAAAAUGGAGUGCGGAAUUUCACUGUGCCACUAUUCUGCUUGGGAAAUGGGACUGAAGUCAUGUUCAGCAUCCAGGAGCCUACCGACUGUUUUUGUCAGUGGAAUUAAACAAUUAAUGGAUUUCCAAUACUGUAUAUCAUUUCAUAUUAUCAACUAAAAAUGGUCUCCUAGGACUCUUCCCCUGGCAGUAGAUAAAUUUAAGAAUACUAUAAAAAAAUUCUUAUCCAUAUCUGGAUAUUACACAAUAAGAGAUGAGCAAAACUGUUUCUGUUGCCAUGUUAGCUUUUAUUUUUACUCCAAAUA